UUGGCACACAGGACAAUCUAUGUUUAUAAUUUAAAAUGGAUACUGAAAAUUCAAAAACGAUGUCAAAAUGGAGUUUGUCAGAGUUUUACAAGUUCGGAAAAUUCCAAAAGCAAAUUAUGCUUUUGUUGUUUCUGGCUUCUGUUCCAAACGGAAUCUCAUCAAUUAUUCUAGUUUUUAUCCAUGACGUACCGACGCAUCAUUGCAAACCUGACCCUAACAUAUCACUUGCAAUGGUCGUCGGUGCUGGUACCGAUUUGAAUUCAUCAUUGUUUAACAUACCGACGGAGUUCGACGCCCAAGGAAUUGAAGUACCAAGUAGCUGCUUAAAGUUUAAAGUCGAUUCCAACUACACUGGGAAUAACUCAAAUAUUUCCGGAGCACUGAGUGUCGUACAAUGCGAUCAAGGCUGGGUUUACAAUAUUAAAGAAAACCAAGCAACUACUGUUACAGAAUGGGAUCUCGUAUGUCAAAACGCAUGGAUAAGACCAUUAAUGACAACACUAAAUCUUUUCGGGUAUCUAAUUGGUUCAAUAACUUCAGGAGUAGUUUCCGACAGGUUUGGAAGAAGACCUAUUUUCCUCGUCACCACGUUUAUUCAGUUUGUUUCGUUGUUCGUUGCUAGUUUUGCCCCAACCAUUGAAUCUUACGCAGUUAUAAUUUUUCUUGUUGGACUAACCGGUCUCAUCAAUUACCAAACGGCCUGUGUCUUAGGAGCUGAACUAGUUGAGCCUAGCAAGCGAGCAUUAAUGGGCACGUUGAUCAACGUUGCAUUUACAAUCGGUUACAUGUUGUUACCAGGAAUGGCUUAUUUGUUACCAGAUUGGCGUUGGCUUACGCGCGUAUCUGGGCUAAUGGGAGUUUUGUAUGUACCGUAUUAUUGGUUGAUUCCUGAAUCUCCACGAUGGUUGAUCCAAACUGGCAGAGUGAACGAAGCGAAAGUAAUUUUUAAAAAGAUUGCAAAAGUUAACAAGACAAGUACUCCGGUGGUUGAUGCUAAACAACUUCUGAAUUUGAAAAAAGUUGAUUUUGAAGAUUCGGUCGCAGAAGUUCAACAAUUGUCUUAUCUUGAUUUGUUUCGACUAAGAGAUAUCAGAACCCGAAGUCUUUGCCUUAUCCUUUCCUGGUUUUCGACCAGUCUUAUGUAUUACAUGAUCAGUUUGAAUACAACUUCAUUGGGCGGUAACAAAUAUGUGAACUGCUUUAUUUCCGCUGCUGUAGAGAUCCCUGCACUCAUCACCACGUAUUUUACACUACAGAAGAUAGGCCGCGUCUUGCCACUCUCGGUUUUUUUUAUCAUUGCUAGUCUCCUGUACGGCAGUAUACCGCUAUUGAUGCAAGUUAAUCAAACUGCUGUGUUAGUUGCCGCGAUGAUAAGCAAGUUUCUAGUAACCAUUAUCUUUCUGUUGAUCUACAUUUACACUUGUGAACUUUUCCCUACAAUGAUGCGCCACAAGAGUCUCGGUGCUGCUUCCACAAUAGCCAGACUUGGAGGAAUGGUGAUGCCUUAUCUCUUCUAUGCGGGCGAGAAGGUUCACUUUAGCUUCCCCUACAUCGUGAUGUGUGUCAUCGGUGUUUUAACUGGAGUAUCCGCCAUGUGUAUGCCUGAAACUUUGAAUGAACCAACACCAGAUACAAUGGAAGAUGCACUAAAACUAAAAAGGAAAUAUUUUACAUCAUGUUGUGGAAAAACUGCUGAUAAUGAAUUCGUUGAAGAAGAGGAUUCAAAUGAAGUUAGAAUCUAAUAUUCAAUUCCCAUCGACGUAGAAACUUCGUAUUACCCAGAAAAACAUAACGUUGUAAUGCUUUUGAAUACUUAUCUGAUGGAUACGAUAACAUUCCUCCGGUUCGUCGCAUGAAAACAAGUAUCAGAAUGAAAAAAUAUCAUUAGAUUAUAAUAAACAGAUUUUAUACCGUGUUAAGUGCUGCUAUUUUUAUUUAUGCUGCAAAUGAGCUGUGUAAUAAACUGUUCAGCAUCGGAUCUA